GUAUGAUCGAGAGAGAUUUCACCAAUCACCUUACAACAACUCCUUCGCCUCUUUCUGACAAUUUGCGUCUCAAUCGUCUCGUUGCAAGUGACGGAGCUAGAGGAAGCGCGACAAGAGAGAUGGGCGACAAUGUAUACAAGAUCACUAACCUGUGCGACGCCAUCGAUCAAUCCAUCUUUCCAAGCUACCGAUAAAGUCUGACGCAGCACCAUAGAGAAAUAGAUUUGACGGUAGAACAGAGGGAGCAUCAAAGCUGCAACUCCUUUGAAUUAAUUAACCAGUUAUUUUGGAAUGUGAUGCAUUUACAAUACAUGUCGUUUUAUUUUACUUUAAUGAAGGAUGACUGACUACGGACGCGUCCUCAGCUUCCCCGCUGCUAUUUGCAAACAGAAUGUAGCCUACGAAUUGGAAAAUAGUCCAUGUUUUACGUAUCUUCUGGAUUUUGGGCAUAUGCGCGCAUUGGAAAGGUAUAAGUCUAUAGGCUAUAUUUUCUUUAUUGAUGGACAGACGUGGUGUGUAAGCACACAUAGCCUAAGCACAAUGAUGAAUUUGUAGCCUAGCUGUUGGCAUACACCCUAAAUCUCUACAACACGUUUCUGCAUGUAUGAUAACCCCGACCUUGUCAUAUCGAUGAAAGUAGGGGUGAUUUAUGAUACGCAUUUAACCUAUUUCAAUAUUGACACAUCAUUCUGGGAAUUUCAAUCACAUUUCUGAUGGCUUGCAAUAAUCAGCAGUUUUUUCACAGAAAUACUGAAUGCAUUUGACAAACAAUUUACAGAUUAGCCUACCUGAUCAUUGAUCAUUAUAUUGAUUAUUAGGCUAUCAGAGAGUAUUUUUAAAUAGAACGCCAGUUACGGUAAUGAAAGAGUAAUAGGCUGCAAAAAUAAACACAACAAAAAGAUGAAAAAAAUCAACCUCAGAAGAGAUUCUGUAGGUUACCUAGAAAACGGCAAAGGGGUCAAAUUUCAGCUUUGGGGUUGUGAGACAAUCGGAAGAGAAGGAGCCGGGGUGAGAGACCAAGGAGACGACGCGGCCAAAGAGCCUUCUGUGGGACUGCAAGACGAGGAGCUACCGCUGCCAGCACUGGAAAGCAUGGCUUGGGGUUGGUGGAAGAAAGAAUCGAAUAAUCUUGAGACAUCAUAACGAUCAUUAUAACAAUAUACAUCACGAUAUCUUUUGAGUAAUAGGCCUACCAUAUUUUUUGAUUGUGUUAAGAGGUGUGUGUGUGGCAAGUAGCCAUUUAUACAAAAAUAUAUAUUGAUCAUUAUUAGCAUAUUUUAACAAAGGCUAUUUAUAAUGUGUAUGUUUGUAUUUACUAAUAUUUAUAAUUUAAAGACUGUGUGCAAGUAUAUUUAAAUAAUCAAAUCUCUGUAAUAGCCUACUUGUAUUUUUAGUUGCACUGACGAUAUAGCAUUGUAAUAAUGGGAUGUUUAGAAAGACAUUACCACUGUCACAAGCGACACAAACUCACUCAAAAACAGUAUCCUGUUAAUGUGCUUCUCCAAAAUCUGGACACUGAUAAGAACUGCCAGCAAGAUGAACAGCCUUAUCACUCCUUGUACUCAAAAAUGCACAUUAUUUUGGCAAAAGAAGUGCUUACUUCACAGAGAGCUAUCUUAAUUUAUUGAAAGUAUAUUAUCAUAAAUGCAACUGCACACACUUAAAGCACAUCUAUAGUAAAGGUGAAAAUGUUCAAAUGCAUAUUAAUUUAGCUUAAAACAAUGAGAUGCACACACUCCUCCUAUUCCUGUCCAAUGUGAUGUGAAGAGUACCAAUUUGGUAGUGAUAAAGGAGUAUGGAUAUCAGGCAACUUUAAGUGUCUCAAAUGUGGUCACAGAGAAUGCUAUUAAGCACAAGCUAAUUUAAAAAGGAGAGGACCCUAUACCCUAUUACUGGACACAUCUCAGCCUACACCCUCAACCUGUGUUGUGGACCAACAAAACCUGGAACCUCUCUACUAUAGUCAGCCAUAGCCGGAAGCAACCUUGAAAACUAACCCCCCUACCUAAGCAACUUGGAAACCAACCUUGACUCUGUUGACUCCAACCUACCCUGAUAUAACUCAGUUGUCGAGCUGCCAUACUUGGAAAUCAACGACAUACAACCUGACUUUGGGAGCACGCUCGCGCUCGCAGGAAGAGCAUUGCCACUGCGAGACAGCCAAGCAUGGAAAUCCCUCCCACUGCCCCCCAACAACCCUUCAGACAACAAAGCUUCCUCAGUCGAAAGUUGAAGGGCUCCAUCAAGAGGGCAAAGAGCCAGCCCAAACUGGAUCGAACCAGCAGCUUCCGCCACAUGAUUCUACCCCGUUUCCGUAGUGCUGAUCAGGAGAGGACACGUCUAAUGCAGAGCUUCAAGGAGUCCCACUCUCAUGAGUCCCUGCUUUCCCCUAGCAGUGCAGCGGAGGCUCUGGACCUCACGCUGGAUGAAGAUGCUGUCAUCAAACCUGUCCACUCCAGCAUAUUGGGCCAGGAGUACUGCUUUGAGGUGACCACCAUUUCAGGGACAAAAUGCUUUGCCUGCCGCUCGGCCGCUGAGAGAGACAAAUGGAUUGAGAAUCUACAGAGAGCUGUCAAGCCCAACAAGGACAACAGUCGAAGGGUGGACAAUGUGCUUAAGCUGUGGAUCAUUGAGGCCAGGGACCUUCCGCCUAAGAAGCGGUACUAUUGCGAGCUGUGUCUGGAUGACAUGCUGUAUGCGCGUACCACCAGCAAGCCCCGCACGGACACUGUCUUCUGGGGCGAGCACUUUGAGUUCAACAACUUGCCUGCCAUUCGUAGCCUACGCCUGCACCUUUACAAGGAGACGGACAAAAAGCGACGCAAGGAGAAGAGCACUUACCUCGGCCUGGUCACUAUCCCCAUAUCGAGCAUCACAGGCAGGCAGUUCGUGGAGCAGUGGUACCCGGUGAUCCAGCCCAGUGCUUUGGCUAAGGGUGGCGGUGUAGGCGGUGGCAAGGUCAUCAAUGCCUCAAUCCGCCUCAAGUCCCGUUACCAGACCAUGAGUAUCCUGCCCAUGGAGCUGUACAAGGAGUUCGCUGAGUACAUCACCAAUAACUACCGUACGCUGUGUGCCGUGCUGGAGCCUCUGCUCAGUGUCAAAAGCAAAGAGGAGGUGGCGUUCGCAUUGGUGCACAUUCUCCAGAGCACGGGCAAGGCCAAGGAUUUCCUGUCAGACAUGGCGAUGUGCGAGGUGGAUAGAUUCAUGGAACGAGAGCAUCUGAUCUUUCGAGAGAACACCCUUGCUACUAAAGCCAUAGAGGAGUACCUCAAAUUGAUAGGGCACCGGUACCUCAAGGAUGCUAUAGGGGAGUUCAUUCGAGCUUUAUAUGAGUCAGAGGAGAAUUGUGAAGUGGAUCCCAUGCGCACUCCACCGUCUGUCCUGGCCGACCACCAAGCCAAUCUUCGCAUGUGCUGCGAGCUGGCACUCUGCAAGAUUGUCAACUCUCAUUGUGUGUUUCCGCGGGAGUUGAAGGACGUCUUUGCCUCCUGGAGGGUCCGGUGUGCCGAGCGGGGAAGGGAGGACAUCGCAGACCGCCUCAUCAGCUCCUCCCUCUUUCUACGCUUCCUGUGUCCCGCCAUCAUGUCGCCCUCUCUCUUCAACCUCACCCAGGAGUACCCCGGAGAGCGGACAUCCCGCACUCUUACCCUCAUCGCCAAGGUGGUGCAGAACCUGGCCAGCUUCUCCAAGUUUAGUGGCAAAGAGGACCACAUGUGUUUCAUGAACGAGUUUUUGGAGAUGGAGUGGGGCUCCAUGCAGCAGUUCCUGUACGAGAUCUCGAACAUGGAUACGGGGAGCAACGCAGGGGGCUUUGAGGGCUACAUCGACCUGGGCAGGGAGCUGUCGGUGCUCCACAGCCUGCUGUGGGAAGUCAUGGCACAACUGAGCAAGGACGCUAUUCUGAAGCUUGGUCCCUUGCCACGUCUGCUGAAUGACAUCAGUGUAGCCUUGAGGAACCCCCAGCUCCACCGGCAGGCCAGCCACCAGCCAGACAGGCAGCAGGACAGGCUCAUCACACGGCCCUCCUUCAAUCGCCUGGUAUCAUCCGAUUUCCAGAGCCUCAUGAUGCGGGACCUCAACAGCUCAAUAGACAUCUCCCGUCUCCCCUCCCCAACCUCUGGAUUAUCUGGGGGUGGGGUCCUAUCGUCUCACGUAAGCAUGGGAAGCUUUGCAGAACGAGACCCCCGCGGCUCAAAGGACGUUUUCUACGUGACCCGUCCCCCCUUGGCUCGGUCCAGCCCUGCAUACUGCACAAGCAGUUCUGAUAUCACUGAGCCAGACCCAAAGGUCCUCAGUGUUAACAAAAGCGUGUCCAUGAUGGACCUGCAGGACUCACGCAUGAAUAGCAUCUCCAACCUCCAUUCAGUGGGCGAUAUGCUCAACUCCUCCCAGGCCUCCAUAGCAGGCCUGGGCCACAGUUUUGGGAACCUGGGCGGCCCGCUUCGCAUGGGAGGCCACAUGUCCGCCGGUGGCUCGGGGAGCUCCGGCUUGAGGCUAAGCCAGAUGGGGGGACCCCUUCACCACAUGGGGGGUCCCACCGACUCUCUCUCCCAGCAGCAGCAGCAUGCGGCAGCUGCCAUGCACUUCCCCCUCUCCUUCCAGAACCCCCUCUUCCAUCUGGCUGCUGACGGCCCUCGGGGUCAGCCCCACAGUCGUCCUCAGGCCCAGCCGCCUCCCCCUCCGCUCUUGUUGGCCUCGGAGCUUGACAAUUCCAACCACCAACAGGGCUACGUGCGAGCGUUCGGCCAAGGUGGCUUCUCGCGCAGCGAGGACCUGUCGGCCCUGCGGCCACAGAGCAGUCUGGUGCAGCCCAGUGUUGUCCACUCGCACAGCUACAGUGACGACUACACGCGGCAGAACCAGAACGCUGAAUACGCCCGGCGCCAGCUUUCGCUGCAAGUGCAGGAGAAUCUCCAGCAGCAGAUUCUUAUGGGAAUAACCUCUCAGACGGCCACAGGCACGGGCACUCCCACCUCCUUGGCCACUCCCCCCUCCACCGUGCAUUCUGUCCAUCAUGGCUCCGUAGCACCGCCUCCCCCGCAGCGCCUCAAAUCCCAGCUGUCCAUCAGCCCCGGGGCUACCUCCACCCCUCCCAAGGCCCGCCCCCAGAGCAGGAACCUCCUUCUCCAGUCGCCCGACUCCAGCUUUGGCGGCAGGCAGCCCUCGCCACAGCAACAACAGCAGCAGCAGCAGUUGUCCGUCAAACAGUCUGACAGCCCAGCCCCUGGGCUCCCACACCAGUCGAGCUCUGCCAGGGACGGCCAGGGGGCGCCACAAGGGGGCAACGGAGAGACCACAGACACCCCGACUAAGAGCACCAAGCAGCCUCAGACCACAGACACCCCAACUAAGAGCACCAAGCAGCCUCAGCCGCAGCCCCAGCAGCAGCAGCAGCCUCCACAGCAGCACCUGCUCAAGCCUACAGUCAAUAAACAGGGUUCUCAGUCCCCCUCCACCCUGACCCCCAACGAGCGCACUGUGGCCUGGGUGUCUAACAUGCCACACCUCUCUGCCGACAUCGAAAUAUUGCGUAGCUCAUCGAACCUUGAGGACCUUAAGCUGAAGGAGUACUCCAAGAGCAUGGAUGAGUCACGCAUGGAUAGGGUAAAGGAAUAUGAGGAGGAGAUCCAUUCUCUGAAGGAGCGCCUGAUAAUGUCCCAUCGGAAGCUGGAGGAGUAUGAGCGCAGGAUGCUUUCACAGGAGCAGCAGACCAGCAAGAUCCUAUCGCAGUACCAGAACCGGCUGGAUGACAGCGAGCGCAUGCUGAGGCAGCAGCAGCUGGAGAAGGACAGCCAAAUCAAAGGCAUUAUCAACAGGCUGAUGGCUGUGGAGGAUGAGUUGAGAGUGAGUGCCAUUCCUGAAAUCAAGCCCAGAAUGUUCAGAGAGCAGGAAGAGGACUCUUCCUCUCUGGGUUCAGCAGACCCCCAUGGUCUCCCCGGAGUGGGGGGAGGGACGGCCACCGCCACUGCCAGGCCCGGGGUCUCCUUUUCGGGCGUCUCCUGUGCCAGCUCCCCUUGGAACGGAGCCCUCCCUCCCCUCCCACCUCCCCGCCUACACGUCAGCCACAACGGGGAACUCCAUGGCAACCGAGCCUACCCCUCGACUACUACCAUGGUUACGCCAGCCAGGAGCACGGCAUCUUGGACCUCGGCAACAGCAGCAUCAGAUCCGAGUUUAACCGGGGGGAGAGCAGUCUAAUAACGAAAUCCAAUCCAACCGUUUUACGGAGGACACCCUAGGACCUGACUGGCACAUUAAAUGCGGGCGGAGCUGAUAUGGGUCCUGGCUUAAUCCUAUUGGCUGUCUAAGGCAAAACAUAGAAGAGGUCGGCAGUACACGGCUACUCCAGAUCUGUUGAUUCCCACAACAAGCUGAGCUUUUGGAAAAUUCAAAGGGGGGGUUUCUUCACAUGCUAACACACACACACACUCCCUCAUGCAUUUGCUCAUUCUCUCUCUCUCUCUGCAAUACCACUGUAAAUUUUGACCCUGGUGACAAUCAGCUCAAUAUGAGCGGUGAUGUUUACAUUGUCUGCGUGUUGCAGUGACCCAUUCACGAGUGAUGAAACAUGGCAAUAUUUAACCUGUUGUUUCUGUUUUAAUAGGUAUGACAAAGCACAAUACUGAGAAAGAGAGAGAAAGAAACUUUGGGGGAUCCCUACAUUCCUCCCCCUACCUCAAAUAUUCACUUCACUUAAUUAAUCCCCCUGUGACAAAUCUGCUACACUGGGGCUUCGCAAAAGCAGCAAAUGUUUUAGCUGCUACACUAAACGCGUAACCCGGGGCCAGUGGGUCGAAUUCUUGAAAACAUCUCACACCCAGUAAAAGUAACACGUCCAGUUAUCCUGUCAACCACUAUGGCUCCAAUUGAUGUUUUUUUAUGUUCUUAGUAUUAAAUUGAGUAGUUUAAUACUUAGUAUUACAGACGGUGAAUUAAAUGAAAGCAUAAUGCCAAUACUGCCCCUGUUCUCAGACUAUAUAUCUCUGUAAUGCCGGGAACAUAUCUAUCUCUCCGGCCUAAUUGUUUCCUCCUUUUUCCUUGUUCCUUGUUCUGCACUUCUCUAUCUCUACCCGAGAGGAAACAUACUAAAUAUGCACAGCCCUAUGUUUCACAACAGAAGGACGAAAGGUCUUGAUUUCUAUGUCAUCUGGAUACAUUUACAACCUAGGGAGCUGGGACAUAUGGACAUUGUUUUACAUUUCCUACAUAUGUGUUUUAAUUAUAUGAAUUACACACCUGGACAUGUGUGGUGUUUGUUUCUUUAAAUUGAUAUCCCAGUAAGGUUUCUUUACAUUGUGGACGAUUCCUCUGGACCACUUUGCUAUUUUACGUAUGGGUUCUCCUCUUUGAGAUGGAAAGAGGUGGAUUUUACCUGCUCUGCCUCCAUCAAAGUCUGGGACACACUGCCAUCUUGUGACCAUAGUAUCAAUCUGCACUAGAUAGGGGAAGAAGGACGCUUCCUCAAGUGGUGCUCAGCUACGGAGCUCAUGUUUGGCUGGGGAUCAGGGAUGCUACAAUUGUCAUGAGUGACCUGUCCCAGUUGAAUUGACUCCACUCUUUCACCUUGGACUCGUGCAGAUGCCUAGACUAACCUUCAGGUUGUACUCACCUCCACUUAUCAUCACAGAGGGGUGUGGCAGAACAAUCGUCAGAUGGAAUUACUUAGUGAAUCUCAAUUAGUGAAUGGGUGUAUCUGUUGCUUGCAUAUAUAUGAGUUGAAUAUACAAGAAAAGGGUUCCAUGUACACUGAGUAUACCAAACAUUAGGAACACCUGAGUUGCACCCCUGCUUUUUGCCCUCAGAACAGCCUCA